AUGCAGUUAUCACCCUCCCUCAGCACAGCUGUGCUGUUACUGCUACGGCUACCCCUGUUCCUCACGACGACCACCACUACCAUCACUCACAUCCAAGCCCAAGAAAUACCACCAACAACAGGACCAGCACCAACGCCAACGCCACCGCCACCAAAUGGACCCUACAAUCCCACACCCCUCUAUAGCGUCCAUUCUGUAUUCGUCGAGGGAACAGCCCUCUAUGUCCACGGCGGGUUGCCCAGCGUCACUGGUGUAUCAUCAGGACAAACAUUCUCCCUAGACCUCUCCGUCACCUGGAAGACCAGUCAACCGGCCUUCAAACAGCUUUCUACUGGGGUUCCCUCUUCUUCCAUCACCAGCGCCCUUUUGCAGGACAAGGAUUCAUGGAUAGUGAUCAAUGGCAAACAGUUUAUCUUUUACUCUAUCGGGAAGGACCAUUGGAAUAGCCCUGUCACAUUAACCGAGUUGAACCCCACGCCAGGGUUCCCGGCGGUGACGGAUAUGUCGUCGGGUCUGGUCUACUUUGUGAACGGGUUCGUUGUGCAGGGUGCGAGCGCCGCCGCUGUCGGGACGAUACCGAUGAUGAUGAUGCUGAAGAAGUCCACUGUUGGAUAUGAGUUUUCGUCUAUGGGCACUUCGACCGAGUUUUCGAUAGUUGAAAGUGGGUAUGCGAGCUGUUGGAGCACCCUCCGAAAGUCGAUCCUUCUUCAUGGUGGACUGGCCGGGUCGCCCAUCGCCAUCUACCAAAAAACGCUGUACGAGUUCAACACGACAAAGUCUACGUUUGCGACGAUUAAUGACAACGGCGCGAUACCCACGGCGCGGUCUGGACACUGCAUGGUGGAGGCGUACGAUGGGACCAAGAUUGUACUGUUUGGAGGGGUGGACCAGACAAGCGCAGGAUUGUCGGAUAUCUAUAUUUUAGAUGUCGCGACGUUAAAGUGGACGACGGGAAAAACGGGCGGAGCUGGAGUCGGGAGGGCGUAUGCUGCCUGUGCGGUGACGAACGACAGGUUUGUUGCCUGGGGUGGAGCUACGAGGAUCAAUGGGGACUUUGUAGCCGUGGCGGCGACCAACGCGACGGUCGUUUACGACUUUAUUCAGGACAAAUGGAUAACGACAUUUUCGCCUGUCAGGACCAACGUUACUUCACCAGACCCAGACCCAGACGCCUCGACUCCAUCGACUCCUCCCGCUGAUCGCAAGAAGGAAAAGAAGAUGUCCUUCUCAACCUUUGCUGCCAUGCCUGUUGUGACCGCCGAGACCGGCUCUUCCUCGGACAACUCCUUCCCAGACCAGCAGCAGCAGCAACGGAGCAAAGCGAGGGAGACUGAGAAGGCCGACGAUGAUGAACAGGAUGAAAGCGGGAAAGAGAAGAAGCCUCAAGAUGACGGUAACGAUGGGAUUACCUACGUCGUCGGAGCACGCGCCAUGCCUGCGUCCCCUACUGAAUCGUCUUUCCGCAAUUCCAGCAUCAUUCCUCAAAAUCGCAACUAUCAGCCACUCCAACAGCUAUCACCGACUCAACAGCCACUUCAACCACUUCAACCACUGUCGCCAAUUCAGGAACAACAACAAGCCUAUCAUGCUGUCAACGGGAUCCCGUUCCCACCUCCUCCAGCUACCGCUGCGAAUGUCUCCACUGGAUACACUGUCCCUGUCCUCAAGUUUUUCAACCCUACCACCAACACUCCCACCAGCCCUACCACCACGUCUCUCUCUACCAAUACCCCCAUCCCUAUCCCUUCAUCCCCUGUCGCAUCCGUCAUCCCUCUUCCCCCUCCUUCAAUACCCCAACGUCCUCAAUCACUUCUCCCUGGUGGAUUCAUUGCUCCGCGUGUUGUUCACUCACCUACCUCCUCUCAACCAAAAGAGCCUUCCUAUACCACUCUCGUCCCUUACUUCUCCCCUGUCGCCUCCGUCUCCUCUUUUCCUACUACCUCCCAGCAUUCUCAAUCAACCAUUCCCGUCAACAACAGUAACAACCGAGCCUACACCAACGAUCAAUACCAUGACCAACAAGGAAAAGAGGAACUGCAACGAGAACAACAACAAAGACCACCACCCACUGUUGAGUACGGCGCCAACUCUUCGCCUGCCCUGUCCUAUUUGGCUACCAGCUCACAAUGGACAGGCUCCCAAGGAUCCACGCUGGUCGCUCCUGGUGUUGCUCUUGGUGCUGGUAACAAUCCUUAUUCCACCUUCACUCCAUCGCCAUUGGCAGGUGCUCCUACCGGCCCUGCUGCUGCUGGCAGUAGUGACUUUGCUGCUUUCACACCUUCGCCGUUAUCGUCGUACUCUGACAACACUGAGGCCAGGAAUUCGCUACCAUAUGUCCCUAUUGUCGGCAGUGGCAAUAGAGAUGGAAAUUGGCAAAAAAUUGCUGAUGAGUUGGGGCCUCCGAUUACCCCUCCUCGCAACCCUCACGGCAUCCAAUAA